AAUGACUAAUACAGGUUUCUUGUUUUAAAGGAGCACAGCGUCAAAGGGUACACGUCUUUUUAAACAGCUGAUGGGGAAAUCUGUAAAUCUCUUUGUUGCUGUAAACCAUUCAUAUAUUUCACUUGCAAUUUUUUUUUUUCCUUUUGUAUUUUUUGUAGUGGGCUAUAAGGAGUGGUGGUGUUGACAGAAUAUAGUUCACACCAUACUGACCUUGUGAUGAAACUUCCUCGCAGCCACAGGGGGUCCUUAUGAAUCAGCCCCUAAUCCAGCUAAUCCCGCUCGCAACAAAAUCAUGAAAGUGGCUCCCAGUGAUGUGUUUCUCUGCACAGAUGCAGCAGGAAGGAGCGGCGUUGGAAAUGCAUCAGCGAGGCAGCAUGCCCCACCAAAACUGCCCCUGUGCCCAUGCACCCGUGACAGCUGCGGCAGGGGCAUGUCUCCCCCAUGCCCGGAGCUUCUAGUAAUUGCUGGUUCAAAGAGAGAAUGAGCCCUUGUUGUCCUCUGGUGGGCUUGGUGGUGGAGCAAAAUCACCCGUGUGAUUGGACUAGCCAGGAGUAGAAAAUAAAGGUGGUCUUGUGGAGUGUGUUUUGGAAGAAGCAGAGUCUGGAGUCCUUUAUUCCUUUGCUCCUGCAGCCAGAAAAUUCAGUAGUUGGGCUUCUCCACCAAAAGCCAUGGCUUAGCUCUGACUUGAUGGGACCGUGUCUUUGGAAGAAAGGAUAGUUCGCUCUCCAUGCCCAUUCAUUCCUCGGUCUCUUUGUUGGGAUGGUCAACAAGGAUGCCAGUUGUGAUGGUGGCUUUCUGUAAUGUGGACACCUGCCCACUAGGAAAUGGACUGAGACCACCAACUCAUUUCGCAUCAGCUAGCAAACAGCUGUCAGAUGGUAAACAACUUGUGGUCACUAUUGUUCCUGGGUGGAUUAGAACCAGUGACCCAGAGGUGAACAGCUCAUACCCUGUUACCAAGGGCAUGUGUUGCAGCUCACAAAUGCAAAGAACGUAGUGUUAUCUAAUUCUUGGUGUGACAGAAAUGGUUGAGAUGGUCACAUCGCUUCUAGAUUUUCCUAGAAGUCACUGGUGCUGAAGAGAGAUUGGAAGUCAGUUAAAUCUUCACCCUGGAAUGUGAAGUUGGUGGACGAGUGAGUCAGGAGUUAAAUUACACACGGCAGAAGAUUGGAGAAGAGGCCAUGUUUAACCCCCAGCUCAUGAUCCAGACUCCACAGGAAGAUGGUGCUAACGUACUAACAACAGAAGCACUCCGGCAGCACCUUGACUCUGCACUUCAGGCCAGCAGAGUGCAUGUCUAUAUGUACAACAGACAAUGGAAAUUGGAACAUUUGUGUUACAAAUCAGGAGAACUCAUCACAGAAGCAGGCUACAUGGACCAGAUCAUAGAGUAUCUUUAUCCUUGCUUAAUUAUCACUCCUUUGGACUGCUUCUGGGAGGGAGCAAAGCUACAGUCAGGAACUGCCUAUCUGUUAGGGAAGCCUCCUUUGCAGUGGAUCAACUUUGACCCCUUAGAAUUCUUGGAAGAGUUAAAGAAAAUAAACUACCAAGUGGAGAGCUGGGAAGAAAUGCUGAAUAAAGCAGAGGUUGGUCAUGGUUACAUGGAUCGACCCUGCCUGAAUCCUGCUGAUCCCGAUUGCCCAAUCACAGCUCCCAAUAAAAAUUCCACCAAACCUCUUGAUAUAGCCCUUGUUUUGAGUGGUGGAUGCUAUGGACUGUCAAGAAAAUACAUGCAUUGGCAGGAGGAGUUGAUUAUAGGCGGUACAGUCAAGAACAGUUCUGGAAAACUUGUCAGUGCCCAGGCUUUGCAAACCAUGUUUCAGUUAAUGACUCCUAAGCAAAUGUAUGAGCACUUCAAGGGGUAUGAAUAUGUUUCGCAUAUCAACUGGAAUGAGGACAAGGCAGCGGCAAUUCUGGAAGCCUGGCAGAGGAUGUAUGUUGAGGUUGUUCAUCAAAGUGUUGCACAGAACUCUACUCAGAAGGUGCUUUCCUUUACUACGACCACCCUGGAUGACAUCCUAAAGUCAUUUUCUGAUGUCAGUGUAAUCAGAGUAGCUAGUGGCUACUUACUAAUGCUUGCCUACGCCUGCUUAACAAUGCUGCGGUGGGACUGUGCCAAGUCUCAGGGUGCCGUGGGGCUGGCAGGAGUCUUGUUGGUUGCACUCUCAGUGGCUGCAGGAUUGGGCCUGUGCUCAUUGAUUGGAAUUUCCUUUAAUGCUGCCACAACUCAGGUUUUGCCUUUUCUUGCUCUUGGAGUUGGUGUAGAUGAUGUUUUCCUUCUGGCACAUGCAUUUAGCGAAACAGGGCAGAAUAAGAGAAUUCCAUUCGAGGACAGAACAGGUGAAUGUUUGAAGCGAACAGGAGCAAGCGUAGCCCUUACAUCUAUCAGCAAUGUUACUGCUUUCUUUAUGGCUGCCUUAAUCCCUAUUCCUGCUUUACGAGCGUUUUCACUCCAAGCAGCAGUUGUGGUGGUAUUCAACUUUGCUAUGGUUCUGCUGAUUUUUCCUGCUAUCCUGAGCAUGGAUCUCUAUCGUCGGGAAGACAGGAGACUGGAUAUAUUCUGCUGUUUCACAAGUCCGUGUGUCACUAGAGUGAUUCAGAUUGAGCCUCAAGCAUAUGUGGAAAACGAGAAUACUUGCUACAGCCCUCCACCCCCUUACAGCAGUCACAGUUUUGCACAUGAAACUCAGAUUACAAUGCAGUCUACAGUGCAGUUGCGCACAGAAUACGAUCCUCAUACACAGGUGUACUACACCACAGCAGAGCCUCGCUCAGAAAUAUCUGUGCAGCCAGUGACAGUGACACAAGAUAAUCUCAGCUGCCAGAGCCCAGAAAGCACAAGCUCGACGAGGGAUUUGCUUUCCCAAUUCUCAGACUCCAGUAUGCAUUGCCUUGAGCCACCCUGUACGAAGUGGACACUCUCAUCUUUUGCAGAAAAGCAUUAUGCUCCGUUCCUCCUAAAACCAAAAGCUAAGAUUGUGGUUAUUUUUCUUUUUCUGGGUUUACUUGGGCUCAGCCUUUAUGGAACUACCCGAGUGAGAGAUGGACUAGAUCUCACAGACAUUGUACCACGGGAAACACGAGAAUAUGACUUUAUUGCCGCACAGUUCAAGUACUUUUCAUUCUACAACAUGUAUAUUGUGACACAGAAAGCAGACUAUCCCAAUGUCCAACACUUACUUUAUGAACUUCACAGAAGUUUCAGCAAUGUGACAUAUGUUUUGUUGGAGGAGGAUAGGCAGCUUCCCAAAAUGUGGUUGCACUACUUUCGAGACUGGCUGCAAGGACUUCAGGAUGCAUUUGACAGUGACUGGGAAAUGGGGAAGAUCACUUACAACAAUUACAAAAAUGGAUCUGAUGAUGCUGUUUUAGCUUACAAACUCCUGGUACAAACAGGCAACCGAGCAAAGCCCAUUGACAUCAGCCAGUUGACCAAACAGCGUCUGGUGGACGCGGAUGGAAUCAUUAACCCAAAUGCUUUCUACAUCUACCUGACAGCCUGGGUUAGCAAUGACCCUGUGGCCUACGCCGCUUCACAAGCCAACAUACGGCCUCACCGCCCAGAGUGGGUCCAUGACAAAGCAGACUAUAUGCCAGAAACAAGACUGAGAAUUCCAGCAGCUGAGCCCAUAGAGUAUGCCCAGUUUCCUUUCUACCUCAAUGGAUUGCGUGAAACUUCUGACUUCGUGGAGGCUAUCGAGAAAGUGAGAGCUAUCUGUAGUAACUAUACCAGCCUGGGGAUCGCCAGCUACCCGAACGGUUACCCAUUUCUCUUUUGGGAGCAGUACAUUGGGCUUCGUCACUGGCUCCUCUUAUCCAUUAGCGUGGUUUUGGCUUGCACGUUUCUGGUGUGUGCCCUCUUCCUCCUAAACCCCUGGACGGCUGGGAUCAUUGUGGUGGUGCUGGCUCUGAUGACUGUGGAGCUGUUUGGCAUGAUGGGUCUAAUUGGAAUAAAGCUGAGUGCAGUGCCUGUGGUUAUCCUGAUUGCUUCUGUUGGCAUUGGCGUGGAAUUCACUGUUCACGUUGCUUUGGCGUUUUUAACUGCCAUAGGAGACAGGAACCAUAGGGCUGUCCUUGCAUUGGAACACAUGUUUGCGCCAGUGCUGGAUGGGGCUGUGUCCACUCUGCUUGGAGUCUUAAUGCUCGCAGGAUCAGAGUUCGAUUUUAUUGUCAGGUAUUUCUUUGCUGUUCUGGCAAUCUUAACCAUUCUGGGAGUUCUCAAUGGAUUGGUGCUGCUUCCUGUUCUUCUUUCAUUCUUUGGACCAUACCCUGAGGUUUCUCCAGCCAAUGGACGAAACAGAUUGCCCACGCCAUCUCCUGAGCCGCCCCCCAGCAUCGUGAGGUUUGCACUGCCACCCGGGCACACAAAUAAUGGGUCAGAUUCCUCUGAUUCGGAGUACAGCUCUCAAACCACAGUGUCCGGCAUCAGUGAAGAGCUUCAUCAGUAUGAGGCCACCCAAGGCCCUGGGGCACCGGUCCAUCAAGUAAUAGUGGAAGCCACUGAGAAUCCUGUCUUUGCAAGAUCCACUGUGGUUCAGCCAGAGACGAGGCAUCAGUCGAGCCCCAGGCUACAGUUGAAUCCAGAGUCUGGCACGCAGCAGGCAUGGCAUCAGGGCAGACAACCCAAACGGGAAGCAAGGGAAGGGCUGCGACCACCCCCUUACCGCCCUCGCAGGGACGCUUUUGAAAUUUCUACUGAAGGGCAUUCAGGACCUAGUAAUAGGGAUCGCUUGGGCCACAGGGCUCGUUCUCAUAACGUGAGAAGCCCAGCGUUCAGCGCCGCGGGCGCCGCGGGGCCAGCGUACUGCCAGCCUAUCACUACUGUGACUGCCUCAGCUUCAGUGACUGUUGCUGUCCACCCUGCGGUGCACAGCCACGGCUCUCGGGGAGGGAGCUUUCCCUCCUAUGAGGGAUACCAUGAAGCUGACCACGGGCCAUUUGAGGACCCCCAUGUGCCUUUCAACGUGCGGUGUGAAAGAAGAAAUUCUAAAGUAGAAGUUAUAGAACUACAAGAUGUUGAAUGUGAGGAAAGGAUGCCUGGCAACAGCUCACAGUAAGGGUAAUAACUGAAGCAAAGAAGAGGCCAAAGAUGGAAAACUGUAUUUCCAGAACUGCUUGAAGAGAAGAACUGCUUGAAGCUGUAGAAAAGGACAUGCUGCAUCAGGACGACAGUUCACUGUUACUGUAACCUAUUGUAUUAUUUUGUUAAAUAUUUCUUUAAGUAUUUAAAAGAUGUACACAUAUGUAAUAUACAAAAGAACAAUGUAAAGUAGUAUAAUCUGGAGUUGUUUGCCUCUGGGCAAUAGAAUGGGGACAAUAUUGUGUGCGCUUUGUACUUUUUGUACAUUGAUCUCUGUGCCACAACUAAGCUUAAUGUAGUUUUAAAUUUCAGCAUAAGUUGCUGCUGCUUAAAUAUUAUAUAAUUUCCUUGUAUAAUUCUAUGCAAAUAUUGCUUAUGUAAUAGGAUUUUUUUUAAAGGUACAUGUCUGUUUAAAAUAUUUUGAAUUUGCGUAUCACAACCCUGUGGUAGUAUGAAACGUUACUGUUAACUUUCAAACACGCUAUGCGUGAUACUUUUUAAAAUAAGCAGAUAUGAAGAAAAGCAAGUUAAUCUGGGAGGCUUAAAUAGAUUUAGCUGUGUGCAGGUUUUGUUUUGCUGUGUGUAUCCAUGCGUGCAUCUGGAAGUGUGCAUGCUUUGGUAUGUAUGUUCCUGGUGUACUGUAGUUUCUCUUUUACUGUAUGGCAACACUUAGUGGGCUUACAAACCCACUGAUGCUGAUGUGAGUCUGGCUUUCCCUGUUAGUAGGCACUAGUGAAAACUCUGUUGGUGUUUACCAAUGUAUACCAUGGACUGCCAUCAUCAAAGGCCCAACUGAAAUAGAAGAGAAGGCAGGGAGUCAGGGUUUGGAGUUGUGGUUUGGUUUCCCUCGCUCUUAAUGACUUGGUUUACGUAACUUUGGUCAAGUCACUUAACUGCCCCAUGCCUUGGUUUCUUGUUCUGUAAAAUGGGUAUAAUUUACACUUACCUACCUCCCAGGAACAUUGUGAGGCUUAAUUACUGUUCGUGUAGUGCUUUGAUUUUUUUUUUUUUUUUUUUUUUCAAAAGGUGCCAGGUAAGUGCAAACACUAUAACCAUUACUUUUUUCACUUCCAAAGGUGCUGGAUAUUGAGAGGUGCUGGUGGUUAUAGAAAUUCAAUGAGCAUAUGCCUUAUUUUGAUACUGAUACUGUUAACUACGAGUGGCAUUAGAAGCUGGAUAAUUGAGUUGUUCAAUGGUGAGCCACAGCUCAGCUGUGUCCUUACAGUAUUGAAAGCAGUAUCUUUGGUCACCUUAUUUUCAUGGCAGGAAGGAAGUCAAUAGAAAGUGAUAAAAAUCAAAUGGAAGGAUUAAAAAAAAAAUCUAUUUCCGCUUUUUAAAUAUGAACUACUUUCUGAUGGGUCCAGGACUGUAAUGUCAUGUGAAGCCUGGGGUGUUCUUUUCUCUAUUGUUUGUGUUUUCCCAUCCUGCAUUGGCACUUUUAAUUAAAACAGCUAAACUGGGAUCUCUGCGAAACUAAUUUAGCUUUUUGUAUUAUUAUUAUUAUUUUUAAACUAAAGGGGGAUUGCUGCAGGUGAAGGGUCUGAAAAAAACGCUACAGUCUGUGUUCCAGUUGGAAACAAACCCUAAGAAUGGAGAACCUUAAUGUAAAAUAAUAGAACAAAAGUUAUCAGUGUCUCCGUCUUCCUCUUCGUCUUUUUUUCUGCCCUUCUCUGAGCUGUUUUUUUAGAGCAGGUAGAUGCUCAAUUGUGUGUUCAGAGCCAGACAGACGCUACCGGUAAUUCCAUUGCUAAACACAGCAGCAGUGGGGCUUUUCUUUAAGUGCGAUGCCUGCACAGCAGCGGCCAAGUCUUUGAUGGGAAAGUGUUUUUCUCCAGUGGCUUCAGGGAGGCUUAUCUUUGCCCACAGACCUUGCCAGCAUACCGAAUGGGGAUAAUUAGAAUGCACAAAUUUCCACGGCUUUUUUGUUUGUUUGUUUUUGUUUUGCUCACUUGAAAACACUUUUGAUAUGAGGCACUUGUUUACAGAUCUCCAAUGUGAACGCUCAAAGAGCAGGUGGCGAGAGCCUGGUGUCAUUCCCGUGAUACAUAAGCUACUGUCUCAAUGCACACUAAGGGUUUAACGUCACAACUGCCGACUGGUCCAGUUCACUGUUUAAGGUGAAAACGAACUCUUUUUAAGGACAAAAAGAGACGAGGGGCCCCCAUUUAGCACUAGCAGCACAGUGACCUCGGAUCAUAUGAACUCUGCCACAAAACUGUAUGAUACAAAUUUGGAAGCCACCUUCCGCCGCCAGGCCCGUGCACUCCCAAGUGUGUCAGGAGGACGGCAGGGCUCCCGCUGACACCAGCCCUCUUCCUUGAGAGGGAAGAGGACCAGGGCCAGCUGCCGCGGGGUGGCCUACCUGCCCCUGCCCAAGUCCUCCCUCCUGAGGUGAGGCCGUGCGGGGGGCGAGCGCUCCGCUGCUGCCUGCAGAGUGUAGACCACCACCUUCCGUCCUCAUGUUGGCAAGGGGAGAGCUCAGUGGCUGGCAAACAUUUGUUUUCUUUCAGUUUUGGGGUUUUGGUUUUUUGGUUGGUUUUUUUUUUUAACUUUUUUUAAUCAUGGGUGAUAUUUAUAUUUUUGUAUCAUAAGAGUGUUUUCUUACAGUAUUUGUCAUGCCAGUUUAUAACAAACAAGAUGCAGGGAUUUUAUUUCUAUAGGAAACACUAUUACAGCUAUGUUUUUACUGUUUAAUGGAUUUUUAUUUGUAUAGAGUGCUUACUAAUGUUAAAUAGGAAAGAGUAUAUAACAUUUACAUUAAGGACUCGUCGUAGCUUUUAGCAUAAGGAGUUAAAAGGAAAAAAAUAUUCAAACUGGGUCUCAUUGCCUGCCAGUUUUGGUAGGAGUGGGUUUGUGUCAUUUCAGUUACAAAGAUAAAAUUAUGCCAUAUAAUUUAUUUAUAUGAAAAUUUAUUUUUGUAGUGUACAUAGUAGUCAUCAAGUCUUUUGACAGAAGUAUAUUUUUAAAGAGUUUAUAUGUAAUGAUGAUACCAUUAUGUUUUGGAACACUGCUGAGAUAUGAUUACGGUGCACACUUUUCCUUGUAAACCCCCUGGCAGAAAAGAAAGUGUUUAACAGUGUCACGAGAGAAAGAGAGUGUGAAUAUUCAUACAAUUCUGAACUGUGUUUUAGUUACCAUUUGUGAUCUAGUGUGGUUCUCAUUUUAAACUUCAGAUGGAAAUUGUACAAACUCUCUAAAUAUUAAUGUUCAA